AUGAAGCUCGAAGAAGUGAAAGAUAUUCAAAAAAUAGAAAGAAUUGGAGCACAUUCUCACAUUCGAGGGUUAGGACUAAAUGAUUGUUUAGAUGCUAGAUAUUGUUCUGAAGGUAUGAUUGGACAAAUGAGUGCUCGUAAAGCUGCUGGUAUUGUCUUGAGAAUGAUUAAAGAAGGAAGAAUAAGUGGAAGAGCUAUUUUAUUAGCUGGUCAACCAGGUACUGGAAAAACAGCCAUUGCUAUGGGUAUUGCAAAAGCUUUAGGUGAAGAUACUCCUUUUACUCAUAUUUCUGGUUCAGAAGUAUAUUCUUUAGAAAUGAGCAAAACAGAAGCAUUGACACAAGCUUUUAGAAGAUCUAUUGGUGUAAGAGUAAAAGAAGAAUCAGAAGUAAUAGAAGGAGAAGUUGUUGAAAUUGAAAUAGAGAAAUUUAAUGAAAGAGAUAUAAAUAAUAAAAAUAAAAAAUUAGGAAAAAUGAUAUUAAAAACAACUGAAAUGGAAACAUUAUAUGAUUUAGGUAGUAAAAUGAUAGAAGCUUUACAAAAAGAAAAUAUUACUGCAGGAGAUGUUAUUUGUAUUGAUAAAGGUACAGGUAAAAUUACUAAAAUUGGAAAAUCAUUUGCUAGAUCUAAAGAUUAUGAUGCAAUGGAUCCAAAUACACUUUUUGUUCAAUGUCCUGAAGGAGAAUUACAAAAAAGAAAAGAAGUAGUACAUACUGUUACCUUACAUGAUAUUGAUGCCAUUAAUAGUAGAACUCAAGGGUUCUUGGCUUUAUUUUCUGGAGAUACAGGUGAAAUAAAAAAUGAAAUCAGAGAACAUAUUGAUAUGAAAAUUAAUGAAUGGCAAGAAGAUGAAAAAGCAGAAAUUGUACCAGGUGUCUUAUUCAUAGAUGAAGUUCAUAUGCUAGAUAUUGAAUGCUUUUCAUAUUUAAAUAGAGCUUUAGAAAGUGAACAAUCACCUAUAGUCAUUAUGGCAACAAAUAGAGGUAUUACACAUAUAAGAGGAACUGAUUAUAAAGCUCCUCAUGGUAUUCCUUUAGAUCUAUUAGAUAGAACACUUAUUAUUCCAACCUAUCCAUAUAAACAUCAAGAUAUACUUAAAAUUUUAGAACAAAGAGCAGAAGAAGAAGAUGUUGAUAUUGAUGAAUAUGCAAAAGAAUUAUUAUGCAAAAUUGCAUCCGAAUCCUCCUUAAGAUAUGCUUUACAUUUAAUUACAUUAGCAAAUUUAGUAUCAAAAAAACGUAAAGCAACAGAAGUUACUGUUCAGGAUGUUAGACGUGUAUAUAACUUAUUUAUUGAUGUUAAAAGAAGUACACAAUAUCUAAUUGAAUACCAAAAUGAAUUCAUGUUCUCUGAAUUACCUAAAGAAGAUCAGUCCAUAAAGGAAGAAGAUUCUUCUGAAGAAAAAAGAGAACUUCAUGAAAAAAAUUCGGAAAAUUCAAGUACAAGUAAUUAA